AUGAUGCAUGCAAACCGCCGCGCUGAGCGCGCAGAACAGGCUCUCAUCAAGGAGGUUCGAGCAAGACAUGACGAUCAAGUCACGGCAACCACUUUGUUUUGCACAUACAAGGAUACUAUCAAUGCUCUCGAACUUACUAUCACGCAGGCGCAACGAUGUGGGCCUAGCAAGGAGCAGUUCCAGGCGCUGCAAGCUGCAAACGACAGCCUGGAAGCUGCGAUUGCGGAGCAGAGAGAUCGUGCAGUCCAACUGCGAAAAAACGCAGAAGAGACGAUCCGAGGACUUCACGCCAAAAUCGAUGCAGAAGAGUUGCGAAUCAGGACUGAGACUGCCCGCCACUAUGAAGAGCGUCUUACACAAGCAAAGAAGCAGCUGAGUGAAGAAUUCUCGCAAGAAGUGCAGGCAGAAGCGGUGCCAAUCAGGAAGCUGUACCAGGAGUGCAAAGCAGAGAACGAGAGUCUCAAGCAGAAGCUCAAACAAGCAACACAUAUGUUAGAUUGGAACCGCAAAUGUACGCAACAGAAAGCAGCAGAGCGCGUAUAUUUGCACAGUCAAUCAACAAGCGCAUUUCCACCGCGACAAAGCCCUGUCCCAGUCAAGAAAACCGUCAAUAAGCGCCGGAAACUCGACCACGUAGGAAAUGCCGAUAUGGUCACUCCAGAUGGACAGAGAGGCUGUAGAAAUUUGACCAAGCCGUACACAUCAGCUAGCACACCCAAACGGAGGGUGCAGGAUGCCUCCAUGAAGCUCGAAGAGCCCUCACUGCAAUUGCUGACUCCAACACGACAGCAUAUGAUGCCACGGCAACAGAAACACUCAGGAUUACACACUAGCCCUCUCCAACAGUCUCACCAGCCCCAGAAACAACCACCGUCACUCCCUCCACAUCUUCAAGACAUUCCCCAAGCUCAACAGCUCUUCUCAAGCUUUAUACAGCAACUGAACGCUCAAAGAGUGAACAACGGGCACACUGAGCUGAAUCCUGAAGAAGGACUUCUUGUUUUCAACAAAUGGGUCGCGCAGAGACUAAGUCAACAAGUACCAACUUUGUUGUCUAACAACACCGCUUUUCAGCCUGUGUUGCAGCACUCCAAAUUCUCACCACAACCUUUCGACCGGAAGGAGGACUCGAUGAAAGGCCCAGAGUUCCCAUUUCUUUCCCUGGAUACACCGCCUGAUCCGCAAACACUCACGCCUCUCAACACGGUCUCGCCAUCGUCAGAUCAGAACACUGCUCUUACGCAGAUGCAACAAAGCUAUCCAACAAAUGGACAGCAGCAAAAGCAGCAGCAGCGAUGCAAAUAUUCUCAGAGCAUGUUGUCAUCGCCUAGUAUGCUGGGCCAAGGUCUGAGCAAUACACCACCUGCCCUGCCGAUUGGUUACAACGCUACCUCACUAGUGACGUUCUCUAAUGAUACAGAUCUCAACUAUGCGGCCCAACUACGAGUGGCUUCUGCUGUCGAAGACAUGUACUUUGCAUCCCAGAUAACUGCUCAACCUGGAGAUGUGGGCAUAUAUCCCUCCCCCGAAGAUCCAGAGCGCGCCCAGGAUACUGAUGGUGUCACUGUUCCAGCAAACCCUCCUUCUUGGGGGUCGCCUGCGUCAAAGGACGGAGAUAGUGUUUCUGAUAUUAGCAAUACACAGCUUGCUUUGGAUGACUUCGACUCGCGGGUUUUUGGGUCGGACUUCGGCUUCCGAGGAUAUCCAAUAACGACUGGCACACCACUACCCCCCUUUAUGCAAACGAACCAACAGAAUUCGAACUACCGUAUCAAACAACAGAACCAUUUUGUAUACCCACAGCAAUUUACUGGAUCUCAGGCUAUCAACCCGGCUUUGCUGUUCAACGACCAAGCGCACUUUCCAGUGGGCAGUUUCAUCGACAAGCCCAGCUCAUACGACGCUUGCUCCCCACCACUUCAGCGCUCAAAGAACGAAAAGCCCACGCCAUCCCACCAAAAUCUAAGCCAGGACUCUCCACGGUACCCACCCGUGUCUCGAAAGCGCUCAGUCACGCCAUUGUCCAACCGCUCAACGCCUGCUCUUUCUACACGAUCUACGCCCGCACCAGCAGGUCCACCUCUUGCAGUCUGCCUACACUGCCACGGAAGCUGGUGGAACGACUCUUGCGACGCUGCAGAACCGUGCCAGAACUGCAUUAGCUCUGGGAAAGCGUGUCAACGUCCGCGAUGCAUCGACUUUACAAGGGGAGCGUGUAACACUUUACGGUGUCCGAGGGUGCAUGAAGGUGACAUGCGUUAUAAAAAUGUUGUCAUCAAGCCGAAAACGCUGAAAAGAAUUGGGAAAAGGAGCGAGCAGAAGCCAAGCCCGAGCUUAUUAGCGUACCAGCAGGGCUAG